AUGUCUACUGCAGAUGAAGUCACUAAGAAGCCUCGUAGAAGAUUCGUUGGAGUUUCGAGAGGCGAGAACAAAGUUUCGACCAAGCAAGUGUCUGGCGAUGAGGCAAAGGAACUGGUACGUAGCGCCAAGUCUAAUACAGGCGCACGUAGAGCCAUCAACCAGAUCCCAGAUGAAAUUCUAAAUGAUGAGAAUUUACAAGAGGCCAUUAAACUGCUACCGUCGAACUACAAUUUUGAGAUACACAAGACGGUAUGGAACAUUCGUAAGCACAAUGCGAAGCGGGUAGCUCUGCAGAUGCCAGAAGGGCUGCUGAUCUACUCGCUUGUGAUAAGCGAUAUCCUAGAACAGUUUUGCAACUGUGAAACAGUGGUUAUGGGCGAUGUUUCCUACGGCGCUUGUUGCAUCGAUGAUUUUACUGCGCGAGCUUUGGGAUGCGACUUCAUCGUCCAUUACGCACACUCAUGCCUGGUCCCGGUAGAUGUCACCAGCAUCAAAAUUCUGUAUGUCUUUGUGACCAUAGGCAUAGACGAGGACCAUUUAAUGAAGACAUUACAGAAGAACUUCGCGAAGGGAACGAGUCUGGCAGUGUUCGGUACUAUUCAGUUCAACCCUGCAAUUCACAGCAUCAGAGAAAAGCUGCUGUAUUCUGAGAGCCAUAUGUUAUACAUCACACCGCCGCAGAUAAAACCACUGUCAAAGGGUGAAGUUCUCGGCUGCACUUCUCAGCGGCUGCCAAAAGAGCAGUUUGCCGCCAUGGUCUACGUAGGCGACGGAAGAUUUCAUUUAGAAAGUGCCAUGAUACACAACCCAGAUAUUCCUGCCUUUCGCUACGAUCCAUACAGUAGGAAAUUUACCCGGGAAACUUAUGACCAGCACCAGCUAGUUGAGGUUCGCUCUAGUGCCAUCGAAAAGGCCCGCAACUCGCAGUGCUUUGGGUUAAUCCUAGGUGCGCUAGGUAGACAGGGAAACCUUGCAACAGUUGCAAACUUAGAGAAAAAGCUCAGGGCCGCUGGGAAAAAGGUGGUGAGAAUCAUAUUGAGCGAGAUAUUUCCUCAAAAACUAGCGAUGUUCGACCAUAUUGACGCAUUUGUACAAGUUGCCUGUCCUCGGUUAUCGAUUGAUUGGGGCUACGCUUUCAACAAGCCACUUUUAACACCUUAUGAGACUAACGUCAUGCUGGGACAGGAUAGAAUGUUUAAUGAGAAAUAUUAUCCCAUGGAUUACUAUGAGGUUAACGGUUAUGGACGCGGGAAGCAACCCACACACGAUAAUGUUAUUUAA